ACAAUGUAAAAAAAAAAGAAAACGUCAUUAUUGCGCGACACCGCGCAGCUCCACGCCCCCAAACAGCGCGACAUUACCGUGCCUCCUUCCUUCUCAGCAGGUGUCACACAGGUGGCAGUUAAAAGACAAGCUCAUGGCUAUGGCAGCAGAGCCAGUGCCAGAUGCAGUCUGGGACGAACGCCAGGCCUAUGAAGAGCUCCUGUACUGGGACAGCCUGAUACAGCGAGGCCAUCGCCUGCUACCACACGACUUUGACAGAUAUGAGGAGCUACGCUACUGGUAUGACUGUCUCUGUUACGAGGAGGAGCUGAGGCAGUACGAUGAGUACAUCGCAGCCAUACAGGAGAUUGAGGAGAACCGACCCCAAACUGAGGCCCCUCCGGUGCGCACGCCUCCCAUGCGUAUCUUUGUGAGCGACGACCGCCACAUGAUGGCGAAGCACGCGGCGGUGUACCCAUCUUCUGAGGAGCUGGAGGCGGUGCAGACAGUCAUCUCCCACGUGGAGUGUGCCCUCAAGACCGUCUCCGACCUGCUGGAUGUGGAGGCCGGAGUCGGUGUGGCGCCUGUACCUGUGGAGGGGGCAGAGAAGAGUGAGGUGGCUCCCCCUCCAGAGCGUAUCCUACGUGGGGUGAUGAGGGUGGGCCUGGUGGCCAAGGGCCUGCUGCUGAAGGGAGACAUGGACCUGGAGCUGGUGCUGCUCUGCACUGAGAAACCCACCGUCACCCUGCUCAAGAAGGUGGCUGAGAACCUCUCCACCCAGAUUGAGCUCGUCACAGAGGACAAGUAUGAGGUCACCCAGAUCCCAGAGGAGGCGGAGAUUGUGAUCAAGAGCAUCAAGGAGCCCGUCCUGACCCUAACCAUUCACCUGACCUCCCCCAUGAUACGCAUGGAGGCUGAGCCAGAGGGUGCCGGACUAACGGUCGACAGCGAUGCGCCGGCGGACGUUCUGGACAGGCAGAAAUGCCUAACUGCCUUGGCAUCUCUCCGCCACGCCAAGUGGUUCCAGGCUAAGGUCAACGACCUGAAGUCGGCCGCCAUCGUGAUCCGUAUCAUGAGAGACCUGUGUAACCGCGUCCCCACCUGGGCUCCACUCAGAGGAUGGCCUUUAGAGCUGCUGUGUGAGAAGGCCAUUGGAACAUGCGAUCGGCCAAUGGGAGCAGGAGAGUCUUUCCGCAGAGUUCUUGAGUGCUUGGCGUCUGGAAUCCUGAUGGCCGAUGGUCCGGGUAUCAAGGACCCUUGUGAGAAGGAGAAGGUGGACGCCAUCAGCCACCUGGACACUCAGCAACGUGAGGACAUUACACAGAGUGCCCAGCAUGCCCUAAGGUUGUCUGCGUUCGGACAGCUGUACAAGGUGCUAGGGAUGGAUUCCCUGCCUGCCAGGGAACCAAGGAGGACCAUAGGACCAGGUCUCAGAAACUACGGUUCUCAGAUCCUGGCCAGUUCCACCUACCCUCCCAAGAGACCUCAUGAUGCCGCGGACAAAGGGGGAGAUGACAGCAAGAAGAGGAAGUCUCAGAAGUUCCAGAAAUAUCCAAAAUUUCCUAGGAAGUCGUCCACAGAAGAGAAGCCCGGGGACUCUCCUAUGGCCAUGAACGCCCUGAUGCGUCUCAACCAGCACAAGCCUGGUCUGCAGUACCGUCUGACGGGUCAGAGCGGUCCAGUGCACUUCCCGGUGUUCACCAUGUCUGUAGACGUGGACGGCGAUACAUACGAGGCCUCAGGGCCGUCCAAACGCACCGCCAAACUCCACCUAGCUGCCAAGGUCCUGCAGAAGUUGGGCCUGCCCACUGGGCGGAUGUGAAGAUUGAACCAGGCGAAGAGGGAGGAGCCAACGUACCAUCCACACCUACAGCAAGUGAUGCGUCCAUGGCAUCUGACGAGAACGGUCCCAUCCUCACUAAGCACGGGAAGAACCCAGUGAUGGAGCUGAACGAGAAGAGACGCAGCCUGAAGUACGAGCUCUCUGCUGAGACCGGGGGCAGCCAUGACAAGUGCUUCGUCAUGGAGGUCAGUCAGU